ACCUAUGGAGCGCUUUAACUACUACUAAAACCUCCAAUCAAUUUCCUUCUGUCUUACUGUCUGCCCUCUUACAUUCUGUAAAUUUCUCUUUCUUUUCCUUCAUUUCUAUCAGUCAUAGUCAAAUGCAUUGCUUCUACCCUGUCAUUACUGUUCUUCAUGUCACUGAACUUUUGCCUAUUUCCCAUUUCCUUCUAAUUCCUUUUGUUUUUUCCCUUCCAGCUCUGAGCCUUUCCCGUUUACUUGUCUCUUGCUAUUGUUUCUCACAGCCUUUCCUUCAUUCUUUGUCAUUCCUUCCUUUCCCCUUUUUCUUCCGCCCCUCACCAUUUUAGAUACUUUCUGCUCCCUAUAACAUUACAACACACACUGAAAAUACAGAUUUAGUGCAUCAGAUUUGUUUAAUAUGUAUGUCAUGGAUCAGCAGGACCUGCCUGACCUGAAACCAACUUUUUCUCAAAACAAGCUGACCCAAUCCUGCGAUGGCUGUGAUCAUGUUCCCCAGGGUGAUUUUGAAAGCAACUAUGAUUAAAAAAUCUCAACAAAAGAAAAGAACAUCACCAUGCAACUACAAGGAGAGGUUUUUUGUAUUGGACACCCAAGAUCUGAAGUAUUCUGAACGCCGUCCGGGGAAAAAGCCCAUGCUGAAAGGUUGCAUCGAGCUGUCCAGAAUCAAGUGUGUGGAGAUCGUGUGUACUGAGGUCCCCAUACCAUGCAACUAUAAGUACCCUUUUCAGGUUUUUCAUGACAACUAUUACCUCUACAUUUUUGCUCCAGACAAUGAUUGCCGUCAGAGAUGGGUCAGAGCUCUCAAAGAGGAGACAAAGCAUAACAAUUUGGUUGCAAAAUACCACCCAAACUUCUGGAUGGAUGGAAAAUGGAGAUGCUGCCAACAAACAGAGAAGCUGGCGCCAGGUUGCCACGUAUAUGACCCUGUGGGCUAUGCUUCUAAAAAGCCACUUCCUCAACUCCCGGAUCCAGAGAUAGGGCCACACGAUGCAGGACAGAGGAUGGUCAUCGCUCUGCAAGACUACAAGCCGGACGGAGACGACGACUUGCCUCUUCACAAAGACCAGGAGUAUAACCUCAUUAACAGCUCCAACUCUGACUGGUGGACCGUAGAGGAUGACAAGGGGAACAAGGGGUUUGUACCCAGUAUUUACGUAGCUGAAAAAUCUGGCAACAACUACGGGAGAUUUAAAUGGUACAAUAAAAAUAUAACCAGAGGGGAUGCAGAAGACUUGCUGAUGAAAGAGGGGAAAGAAGGUGCAUUCAUGGUGCGUGACUCGAGACAGGCGGGUGUCUACACAGUGUCGGUCUUCACCAAAGCACCGGGGUCUAACGGGGAGAAGAAUCCAAGAGUGAAACAUUACCAGAUCAGACAAACAGAAAAGGGAGAGGCCAAAUUUUACCUGGCAGAGAAAUACCUGUUCAGCACCAUUCCAGAGCUCAUCCAUUACCAUCAACACAAUGCUGCUGGCCUGAUAACGCGUUUGAGACACCCUAUCUCCCAAGACGGAGGCCGCUCCCGGGACACUGUUGACCCCUCAAAAGAUCAGUGGGAGGUGGACCCCGAGGAGCUGAUCUUGGGUGAGGAGUUAGGCAGCGGCCAGUUUGGGCUGGUGCUGGAAGGGAGAUGGAGGCAGAGGAAGGUGGCCGUGAAGAUGAUAAGAGAAGAGUGCAUGUCAGACGAGGAAUUUAAAGAAGAGGCGAGAGUCAUGAUGAGAUUGUCCCAUAAUAAGCUAGUUCAGCUCUAUGGUGUGUGCACCCAGCGUUCUCCCAUGUGUCUGGUGUCUGAGUUCAUGGAGAACGGCUGUCUGUCGGACUAUCUACAAGCCAGGAAAGGACGCCUGUCUCAGGACACAAUGUUGGGGAUGUGUCUGGAUGUCAGUGAGGGGAUGGCUUACCUGGAGAGCUCCAACUUCAUCCACAGAGAUCUGGCUGCCAGGAAUUGUCUGGUCUCAAAGAACGAUGAGGUGAAGAUAUCUGACUUUGGUAUGACCAGAUAUGUGCUUGAUGAUCAGUACACAAGCUCCCAGUGUUCCAAGUUCCCUGUCAAGUGGUCGGCCCCAGAGGUCAUCAAAUACUGCAAGUUCAGCAGCAAGUCCGACAUCUGGUCAUUCGGCGUGCUCAUGUGGGAGGUGUAUAAUGAGGGCCGUCUUCCUUACGAGAAUCGCUCAAAUGUUGAGGUGGUGGAGUCCCUGAACUCAGGCCUGCGGCUCCUGAAGCCACGCCUGGCCCCAGACGCUGUCCACCAGCUCAUGGAGUGGUGCUGGAAGGAGAAACCUGAAGAUCGUCCGUCCUUUGCUCUCCUCUUGCAUGAGCUGGCCUCCCUCUCAGACCUGUGAACCAAGAUAAGAUUUGAGGUUGCUAAGUAUAAAAAAUAGCUCUAUUUAUUUAUUUAUUGAUGUAUUUACCAGUUGCUUGUCAAGUGUUGUUCAAAUGUCUGUAAAGUUGUUUUGAGUAAAAUGAUUACAAAACACAAGAGAGUUUCAAAUUCAUAGAUUUUGCACUUUAUCUGUUUCUCUCCUCUGUGUACAGUCUAUGCUUGAGCAGGCUCACACAGUCCAUUUACACAGCUACCGCUGCUCACAGCAGGCUUAUGUUAAGGUUUCAAAUAGUCUAGAGGGUCUCUGUACACUGAACAUGUGAGAUGAUUAUGUUGUUUAACCCACUGCUAAUUAAAUUAAUCCUUUCAAUAAAUGUUUUUUCCCCCUCAUAA